AUGGAGUCACCAGGUGGGCACCCUAGUUCAGUGCCAAGGAAAAGGAUGACCAAACAGCUAACGGGAAAGAAAAAUGAUACAGCAUUACAUUCUGCGGCAAGAUCAGGAAAUUUAGGAGCUGUAAUGGAGAUCUUAACUGGCACUGGAGAAGAAGAAUUGAAGGAAUUGUUAGAGAAGCAAAACCAAUCUGGGGAAACUGCCCUUUAUGUUGCUGCAGAAUACGGUUAUGUUGAUGUGGUCAGAGAGAUGAUAAAGUAUUAUGAUCUUGCUGAUGCCAGUAUCAAAGCAAGAAAUGGGUUUGAUGCAUUCCAUGUUGCUGCAAAGCAAGGGGAUUUAGAGAUGUUGAAAGUCCUAAUGGAGGCUCAUCCGGAAUUGUCUAUGACUGUUGAUUUAUCAAACACUACAGCUUUGCACACGGCUGCCACACAAGGUCACAUAGAGAUUGUGAAUUUUUUGUUGGAUGCCGGAAGUAGCCUAGCAACGAUUGCUAGAAGCAAUGGAAAAACUGCCUUGCAUUCUGCAGCUAGAAAUGGUCAUGUGGAGGUUGUGAGAGCACUUUUGACAAUGGAGCCUGGGAUAGCGACAAGGAUAGAUAAGAAGGGACAGACAGCACUUCACAUGGCAGUGAAGGGACAAAAUAUUGAGUUGGUGGAGGAGCUGAUUGUUGCAGAACCUGCAGCUGUAAACAUGAUUGAUACUAAAGGCAACACACCCUUACAUAUAGCAACCAGGAAAGGAAGAGCUCAGAUUGUUAAGCUGCUACUUCGGCAUAGCGGAACCAAUGUACAGGCUGUUAAUAGGACUACUGAAACUGCACUUGAUACUGCUGAGAAAACUGGACAUUCGGAAAUUGCAGUGAUUUUGCAAGAGCAUGGGGUUCAGAGUGCCAAAACGAUUCAGCCACAGCCAAAAAAUCCAGCUCGAGAGCUGAAACAAACAGUGAGCGACAUAAAACAUGAAGUCUACCACCAACUAGAACACACACGUCAAACUAGAAGGCGUGUGCAGGGAAUCGCUAAGCGUCUCAACAAAAUGCAUGUAGAAGGUCUCAACAACGCCAUCAAUUCCACAACCGUAGUUGCUGUUCUCAUUGCCACAGUUGCCUUUGCAGCCAUCUUCACAGUCCCUGGUCAAUACGUUGAUGACCCUGAUGAAGUCCCUCCGGGACAGUCUUUAGGGGAAGCAAAUAUCGCUCCCAAAGUUUCGUUCAUCAUAUUCUUCAUCUUUGAUUCUAUUGCCCUCUUCAUUUCUCUGGCUGUUGUGGUGGUGCAAACAUCAGUUGUAGUCAUAGAGAGCAGCGCAAAGAAGCGGAUGAUGGCGAUCAUAAACAAGCUGAUGUGGUUAGCUUGUGCCCUUGUUUCGGUUGCUUUUUUAGCACUGUCUUUUGUUGUUGUCGGUGAACGUGAGAAAUGGUUGGCAAUUGGUGUUACAAUUAUAGGAGCAACUAUAAUGGUUACAACCUUGGGAACAAUGUGUUAUUGGGUGAUAAAACAUCGGAUUGAGGCCUCAAAUAUGAAGAAUAUACGAAGAUCAUCUCUUGGGAGCAGGUCACGCUCAUUUUCCAUUUCUGUGGUCUCGGACGCUGAGAUCUUAAACAAUGACUUUAAAAAAAUGUAUGCAAUUUAA